GAAGAGUUAAAAAGAGAACUAGAGGAAGAGAAAGAGAAAUUCCAAAUGGCUGUUUCAGCCGUUAUGGACAAAUGGAUUUGCCAAGCGAAUGAUGAAGGUUAGUUUCUAAGGAUAAAAAGAGCAAAAAUGCAUUAUAACUGGCGCUGGCAUUUUUUAUCGCGAUUAACUGUUUUCUAUUGAAGUCUUUUCCACGUGGCAAAUCAACAUUUAGGAUCGUAGAUUUUCUAAACGUCCGUUUUGGGUGGUCCUCGAUCGACUUGUGGCCAAGUCUAGAGAGAUAGUUAAGAGGGAGAGAAAGGCUGUUCUAUUCUAUGUUUGGUCAAAUAUAGCUGACAUAAAAGGAACCGAGCGUCGUUCGCAUUUUCCAAUAUGUCUUUCAAAAUCACUUCUCCUUACUUUCAAUGGAACAUACAUAUACAUAGAGGUCAAAAUUAGAUUCAGGUUAAAUUUUUUAAAAACUAGGUUGAUUCUCUGUUUAUCUCUUGGCCCUAAUUUACGGGCUAGGAGACAAAUGAAAUAGAGAAUCAAUUAAAAAACCUAGGUUAAAAAUUUCAAUCUGAAUUUAAUUUUGGCCUGUAACAUAUACACUAACCCCAUGAUAGCCAUUCAUAAGUACAGUCUAUCAGACCAUUCCAAUACGACCCCCGAAUCUCUGGCGCCAAAAGUUAAAUGAACCCCCCAACCUUUAUUAAAAUUCGCACCCCUGUGACUGGUCUUGAUAUCAGUGAAGAGAUACUUGAUAUACAAGUUACUCUGAUGAAACAUUUUGUCAGACUGGUGAAUGCAGGUGCAUCUGUGUACACACGUUCGGUCUUUUUUUGUUGUGUACUUUGUUGGUUUGCAUAUAAUUGCUUGAAAUCACUAUGUAAAAUAGAUCAAUGGUCAUUCAAGUCAGCCCUUAACCCGCUUCUAGUAAUACUAUUAUCUAUUAACUAGCCUAAUUAGGAGUGAUACAGGAAAUGUGACCAGAGUAAAAUACUGAAGGAAGGAAGGUUCAUGAUCCAUAUUUUUCUUUACAGAUGGGGGUUCCACCCUUUUUGUAGUGCUUCAGAACAAGAGUUUCCCAGUCUACAGCCAUGAAGUUCAAGGAUUUUUAAAGACGACACGAGGAUAUUUGACCGAAAAAUUGAGACUCAUUCCAAACACGAAGCUAGUAAUAGAAGAUAACGAUGUGUUGGCACGUGGGGACAAUAAAGUAAUUCCUCAAGAAAGUCUUAUGAUAUGGCUGGAUGGGAGAUCAGAGUCAGAUUAUGCCACAGUUUUAGAGUUAUUGAACAAGCGUUGGAAGACAUUGGACCUUAUUUCAGUGUUUCGGGAAGCACAAAGGACUUUGUCUGUCAAGCGG